AUGCCGAAGCUAGUUCUUCGGCCAGAGCCGGCAGUAACUCCGAUGUACAUCUCGGGCCCGACGGAGAUUUUUUUCCACGAGGAGGUGAUCGAAUACAACGUCGACUACACCGUUCCGCGCAGGGAGGUGCUCCUCAAGCCGGUCGUCGAGAAGGUGGCGAAGACCGUGCAGAUCCCCAGGCCCGAGGAGCACAUCGUGGAGGUGCCCGAGGAGCACGUCGAGACACGAGAGGUCGUGGUGCCCCAGGUGACCACGGUGAAGAAGAUCCACUACAUACCGACUUACCCCUCGCAAACCAUGGCGGAACGCAUUGCGGAGCCCAUUGCGGAGCCCAUCGCGGGGCGGCGGACCAGCCCCGUUGUGCAUCGCCGUCUUGACCGGCAGUACGUUGAUCUCGACGGCACCGCAGGAGAGGACAUGCAGCGGGAGGUGGAGCGGCUGCGCAGCGAGAACCGGCAGCAGGAGCAGGAGGGCCUCCAGCUGCAGGACCGAGGAGCUCAGGCGGUGCCAGUCGGAGGUGGACCGGCUCAAUAG